UCGAUCAGAUCAAGAUGCUCGAUCGAUGUCCUGGCAGGUACUGCGUUGCACGAACACGCCACGAUGAGCCUGACAGCGUGCACCGUCUUGUCAUUCCUCUUCCUCUUGCUGCCGUCGUGCGCGUCCCAGGACAAGCUCGUCGUCGGCAAGCCGCUCUCCCCCGGCGAUGUCAUCGUUUCGAGUGACGGCACCUUCGCGCUGGGCUUCUUCAACUCCUCCAGCUCCACACCGGCGAAGCUGUACCUCGGCAUAUGGUACUACGGCAUCCCCAAGCUCACCGUCGUGUGGAUCGCCAACAGGGACACCCCUAUAAUAAGCGCCACCGGCCGCUCUUCCUCCUCUGCCCCGACGCUUGCACUGACCAACACCUCCAACCUCGUCUUGUCCGAUGCCGACGGCGGUGGCGUUUGGUCGACCAACGUCAACGCUGGCGCCGUCGCCGUCGGCUCAUCGCAGCAGCCGGGCGCGGCUGGUACAGCAGCCACGCUCACGAACACCGGGAACCUCGAGAUCCGGUCACCGAACGGCACCAUGUUGUGCCAGAGUUUUGAUCACCCGACCGACACGUUCCUCCCCGGUAUGAAGGUCCGAGCGAGCCGCGGCGACCGCUUCGUUUCAUGGAAGACUCUCUGGCGCAGCGGCGCGUGGACGGGCUACAGGGUCGCCACCGAGUACGUGGCGAGCAUCAGCACCGUCGUCUCCUUCGCCGUCGUGGACGACGCCUACAUGUCCUUCUCCGUCUCGCUCGGCGCCCCGCGCAUGAGGUACGUGAUGAGCUACUCCGGCGAGCUGGUGCUCCGGAGCUGGAACAGGACCACCCUGGAGUGGGACGACAUCGACGUGUGGCCGCCGUACGACUGCAGCCGCUACGGGUACUGCGGCCCGUUCGGCUACUGCGACAACACCGGCGCAGCCGCCCCGGCGUGCAGGUGCCUCGACGGCUUCGAGCCGACGAGCGCCGAGGAGUGGGGCAACGGCAGGUUCUCGCAGGGCUGCCGGCGAAAGGAAGCGCUGCGAUGCGGUGACGGGGACGGGGACGGUUUCUUGGCGCUGCCGGCGAUGAAAGCGCCGGACAGGUUCGUGGUCGUUGGGAACAGGAGCUUGGACGAGUGCGCGGCCGAGUGCAGCCGCAACUGCUCCUGCGUGGCGUAUGCGUACGCGAAGCGGAGCAGCAGCGCCAACGGGGACCUCACUAGGUGUCUGGUGUGGGUAGGGGAGCUUGUCGACACGGAGAAGAAGAACAGUAACGUCGUUGGAACCGAAAUUCUGUAUCUCCGGCUUGCUGGCCUGGAAAAGAAAGGUAGAAGGAUGGGGAAAACAACGAGGAAUAUAUUACUGGUUUUAGCAAGCGUUCUGCUGACGUGCAUACUCCUGAUAUGGAUUUUCAAGUGCAAAGUAGGUAAUAAACAGAAACUGGGAAAGCACAAGAUGUUAGUCCUGGGAGAUUUGAGUGCUCCUGAAGGCUUUGUACAAGGAAGUACUGAAGGCUACAAAUUUCCAGUGGUAAGCUUCAGAGAUAUCAUAGCCGCGACAGAUAACUUCCAUGAAUCAUAUAUGAUAGGGCAAGGUGGUUUUGGAAAAGUUUACAAGGCAAAGUUAGAUGGGCAAGAAGUGGCCAUCAAAAGGCUCAGCAGGGAUUCUGAGCAAGGAAUAGCGGAAUUCAGAAAUGAAGUGGUUCUAAUUGCAAAAGUACAACACAGAAAUUUGGUCAAAUUUCUUGCUUGCUGCAUCGAGGGAGAUGAGAAGCUGUUGAUUUUUGAGUACAUGCCUAAUAAAAGCUUAGAUGCUCUACUUUUCAGCACUACAAGAAAAACACAACUAGAUUGGCCAACCCGGUUUAAAAUAAUAAAAGGAGUUGCUAAAGGGCUUCUAUAUCUCCAUCAAGAUUCAAGACUGAAGAUAAUUCACAGAGAUCUCAAAGCGAGUAACGUUUUGCUGGAUGAAGAGAUGAGACCUAAGAUAACAGACUUUGGCAUAGCAAGGAUGUUCAGUGACAACCAACAGAACGCAAAUACAAAGCGAGUCGCUGGAACAUAG